AUGCGCCUCACCUUCCAUUUUGGUAAGGCCAGUCUUGGCGCCAAAUGUGCGUCCACAAUCAAAGGUUGUCUCGCCACCCCUCAGUCUUCGAUAUCACCGCUUGCAACAUAUUCAACCAACAUUGCCAGUGACCAGAAGAUCUUGACAAGAACCCUCACGGGCAAGACCAUCACCCUCGAGGUCGAGUCGUCCGACACGAUCGACAAUGUCAAGUCCAAGAUCCAGGACAAGGAAGGCAUCCCGCCUGACCAGCAGCGCUUGAUCUUCGCCGGCAAGCAGCUUGAAGACGGCCGUACUCUGAGCGACUACAACAUCCAGAAGGAAUCCACCCUGCACCUCGUCCUCCGUCUCCGAGGCGGCAUCAUCGAACCCUCCCUCAAGGCUCUCGCUUCCAAAUACAACUGCGAGAAGAUGAUCUGCCGAAAGUGCUACGCCCGUCUGCCCCCGCGAGCCACAAACUGCCGCAAGAAGAAGUGCGGCCACUCCAACCAGCUCCGACCAAAGAAGAAGAUCAAGUAG